CCUGCUUCAAUAUGAUAUUUCAGGAGUAGAAAAUGGUUCAUAUGUCCCAACCUGGUGACGCAGAGGAUAUGGAUCGGGGACAAGACCCUUCACUAGAUCAGAACUCGAGGAUUCGUGAGGUGUGGAAUCAUAAUCUUGAAGAAGAGUUUAAACAAAUCUGUCAUAUUGUAAAUGAAUAUCCAUAUGUAGCGAUGGACACAGAGUUCCCGGGUGUGGUAGCACGUCCCAUCGGAGAUUUUAAAUCCUCUUCUGAUUAUCAAUAUCAACUGCUGAGAUGUAAUGUAGAUCUUCUUAAAAUUAUUCAACUUGGUCUCACAUUCUUCAACAAGGAUGGGGAGAUGCCCCAGGGAACGUGUACCUGGCAGUUUAACUUCAAGUUUAACCUAAGUGAGGAUAUGUAUGCGGAGGAGAGUGUUGACCUGCUUCAGAAUUCAGGAAUACAGUUCGAGAGACAUGAACGGGAGGGAAUAGAGACUGUUCAUUUUGCAGAGAUGUUAAUAGUAUCCGGAAUUGUUCUCCUGGACAACGUAAAGUGGUUGUCCUUCCACAGUGGAUACGACUUCGGAUACUUGCUGAGCAUCCUCACCAACAACAACCUGCCCGACGGGGAGACAGAGUUCUUCGAGAUCUUGAAGAUUUACUUCCCCAACAUAUACGACGUGAAGUACUUGAUGAAGUCCUGCAAGAACCUGAAGGGAGGGCUCCAGGAGGUCGCCGAUAUGUUGGAGGUUGAGAGGAUAGGUCCCCAGCAUCAGGCAGGUUCAGAUUCUCUUCUCACUGGACGCGCUUUCUUCAAGAUGCAGGAAAUAUACUUUGAAGAUGAACUGGAUGAUUCAAAGUAUCUUGGACAUCUGUUUGGACUUGGAACCAACCAUAUUGGAACAAGUGUUAACUCAGAAUCAGCGGCUAAAUCUGAAUCUUGAUCAACCUUCUCAACCAAUCCCGGAGUAAAACCUUAAUCACCAUUGUCACCUAAUCUCGGAGUAAAACCUUAUCUCUCCCUCUCUACAUAGAAAAAUAUGUACGGAAUAUAAUUCAUCCUCGGGAGAUUUUUAAUUACACCUGAGUCCUGAACCUCUCAACAAAUAAGAAAAAUUAUUUUAAUAAGUGAAAAGAAACUUUAGUCAUAAUUCUGAUAUUUUGUAUGUCUCGGAUAUCCGGAUAUCCGGGUUAAUAUUUACUCUGUCUAUAUUGAUUGGGUUACUCCAUGCAGCUGUUAACAGUGUUAAUAGUAUAUGAUAUGGGGGCAGGGAGGAGGAGUUUAGUCUGACUUUGCUGCCACCAUAGAUAUUUUACAUCAAAUGUAUGUUUCACGGUAUUCACGUAUUUCGAGGAUUUUUAUGUGUUUCAGUUACAUUCAGAUGUUUUAAUUAAAUCAUUUGAAUGGAUUUGAUCUUUUUUUUACUUUCUCUCAACGCAUCUUGUUUCUCCCCUCUAUCCUUUAUGUUUGAAUUUCUACUUUCCUUCCUACAAUUCCUUUUAUCUUCUCUUCUUUUCGUCAUAUCUCCUGUUCUCCAGUAUACUCUGGAGAGUAAUGUUCCAAAAAGUUUAAAGAUCUGUGCACACACAGGCACACUUAUUAAUCUAUGCAUUUCUGUUCUACUCCCUAAAUAAGUCAACGCCUGUUUUAUGUUCAAUAUUUUCAGA